CCAGUCAGCAGAUGGCGGUCUGGGAAUUUAAGGCGAUGCUGUUGGUGUGACGUAUAAUCUAGUGGACGGAACGCUUCUUUCAACAGCAGCAACAGUUCGUCAGCCACCUCGGCAGCUUGAUAGACAAAAUAGACGAACCAAUAAACCGCUUUAGGCGCUUUCGUGUUUAUUAGCCACUGUAUUUUAAACUCACUACUGUCGUCUAGUUAGUUAUCCGAUUUAAUUUCAUAUUUACGGUGUUGUUAUUAGUCAGCUAGCGGGCUGGUUAAGUUAGCAUUAGCCUAGCUAGCUAACAUCUCUGACCAUGAGUUCACUAAGCUGCUCUCCUCCUGAUAAAGAAGAGGAAGUCUGCUGGACGGAGAAAGAAGCUCUGGUGAAAGAGGAGGAGGAAGUUACAAUACAAAAACAAGUAGAGGGUGAGGCUGUUACGGUGAAAGAAGAAGAGAAAGAGGUCUCAGUUAAAGAAGAGGAAGAUACGUUCAGAGUGAAAGAGGAGGAGGAUGUUACAGUAAAAGAAGAGGAGGAAGAGAAAGAGGAGGAUGCGGUUUUUGGAGUGAAAGAGGAGGAGGAAGAGGUGACUGUCACAUCCAAAAAGGAGGAGGAAGAAGACGAGGAAACUGGAUAUCUGUGCCCGGUUUCCCAAAAGCAUAUUCAGGCGUCCAAUGGUUCUAACAAUGCAUUUAGCCGUAAGAUGGUUUUGAGAAACCGGGCCCUGAUUAACACUAGAGAGAGAUGUGACUAUCGUGGAUCCUCUGGGGAGCCUCAACAACAUCAUGAGGCAGAGAAAAGUCUCUCCAGAUCAGAACUCCUCAAGAAACACCAGCAGAGAACCACAGGGAAGAAAUCUCACUUCUGCUCUAACUGUGGGAAAGGUUGCAAAUCUUCAUCAGAACUUAAAAUACACCAGCGAGUACACACAGGAGAGAAAUCUCACUGCUGCUCUGACUAUGGUAAAAUAUUAAACUCUUCAGUAAAACUUAAAAUACAUCAAAGAUUACACAAAAGAGACAAACCAUAUGGCUGUGCUCAAUGUGGGAAGAGUUUUUCUUCAUCUAGCUAUCUCAUUGUACACAAGAGAACACACACAGGAGAGAAACCUUAUAGCUGUGAUCAAUGUGGGAAGAGUUUUACUUCAUCUGGCCAGCUGACUUUACACCAGAGAACACACACAGGAGACAAAUUGUAUAGCUGUGAUCAAUGUGGGAAGAGUUUUACUAGAUCUGACCAUCUGACUUUACACCAGAGAAUACACACAGGAGAGAAGUCUUAUAGCUGUGAACAAUGUGGGAAGAGUUUUACUAGAUCUGACCAUCUGACUUUACACAAGAGAAUACACACAGGAGAGAAAUCUUAUAGCUGUGAUCAAUGUGGGAAGCGUUUUACUAGAUCUGACCAUCUGACUAUACACCAGAGAAUACACACAGGAGAGAAACCGUUUAGCUGUGAUCAAUGUGGGAAGAGUUUUACCACAUCUAGCUAUCUGACUAUACACCAGCGGACACACACAGGAGAGAAACCUUAUAGCUGUAAUCAAUGUGGGAAGAAGUACUCUGAUAAAAGAUCUCUGAUUAAACAUCAGAAAAUACAUGAAGGAGUUGUUUCAUGAUAUCAAUGAAAUAAUGUCACAAUGUAGAAUGUUUUAACAUGGUUGGAUUAUUUUAAUGAUGUCACAAUGUAGAACCCUAAAUGUUUCUCCCCUGUUCUAUUAAUUUCAACAUUAAAUGGAUAUUAUCCUCAGG